GCGAAGCUGCGGCGAAGGCUGCUGCGAAGGCCUUGGCAGAGAGGAACUCGAGGCGCCAGGUGUGCAGGGAGGCGUGCAACAACUGGAACGGCCUUGCUCGCAAACUGCGCGUGUCCGUGUCCAGCCUGGUCGAUGCCGAGAACGCUGCUGCCACGGGGGCCGAAUACUUGGCCAAACUCGUGGAGAAGCGCGUGCAGACGGACGCCGGCGCGGCGGCGCCGCGGCCGGCCGCGCGCACCCACCUCGCCGACGGUGCCGUUUUUCAGUCCCCGCCGUUGGAUCCAGAUGGCGACGUUCUGCCCGCCAAGGUCGCGGGCCUUCGCAUUCUGAAGCCCGGUCUCGAGCUGAAGUCCAAAACGUUCGCGCUGACCUGCAGUGCUUUCAGUUUUUAUCCAGCCACUUGGGAGCCCUUUCUGCCGUGCGUGAAGGAACUGCGCCAAAAGGUCGGGGCGCGAGCGUGCUCGGCAUGCCUAAAAAGCAAGGCCUCCGCGCAGACGGUGGCGCAGCUGACAGCAGCGACCCGCGGCUUGUGGUGCGUCUGGCUGCGCAAGAGCGGGACGUUGUUCGACGCUGCGAACUACGAGGCGGGUGCGCGGUGUGAACCACAGGCACCUUGGCUGCGUAAUCUCUACCAGGACAAGAAGCUCACGUGCGAAAGGUGCAUGAAGCUCUCCGCCGAGGACUUCCCACUGGGGCAUUCUGCUCGCAACCGCGACGCUGCCGAGGCCCUCCGCGACGCGACAGCUCCGGCGGUGGGCAACCUUGUGUCCAGCGAGCUCGCUUUGCUCAAGUCUGGCAACAACUAUCAGCAGCCCCGUCUGUCCUGA